CCUGUUGGGAAACAUCUGGCUGCCCUGAUAUAGGAGGCCGGGCAGCAGGGCUGGGCCAGCAGUAGAGCAGCAUGGGUGUCCUCUCUGCAGCUCUCUGCCUCAGCUGGGCCCUGGUGCUGGUGGGAACCCACCCCUUGGGACACGGCGGCCAUGGCAACAAGACAGCCGGCACCUGGCAUCACCUGGGCUCGGAGCCUCCAGCCAACAGCACUGAGUUAAUACAGCGCUGUGCGGACGAGGAGGGCUUUGACGCUGUCACGCUGGAUGAGAUGGGCACCAUGGUCUUCUUCAAAGGCUCUUUGGUCUGGAAGGGCUUCAUGGGUGCUCCGCAGCCCAUAGAGGACUCCUGGCCUGAGAUCCGAGGCCCCGUCGAUGCAGCCCUGCGGAUCCACUACCACGACCACCCAGACGGCCUUCACGACAACGUUUUGCUCUUCCAGAGCAAGAAGGUCUGGGCGUACCAUGAAGGGAGGCUGAGACUCGGCUACCCCAAGUUGAUUGAACAGGAGUUCCCGGGCAUCCCAGCCGACCUGGACGCGGCCGUGGAAUGCCAUCCGAAGGAAUGCCCGUCCGAGACCAUCGUGUUCUUCAAGGCCCCAAAUGUGUUCACCUAUGACCUGAGAACAAAGGCGGUGAAACGGCGUGACUGGCCAGCCGUCUCCAACUGCACCGCAGCCGUGCGCUGGCUGGAGCGCUACUACUGCUUCCAAGGCAUCCGCUUCCUGCGCUUUGAUCCACUGCGGGGUGAUGUGCCCCCCCACUACCCGCUGGAUGCCCGAGACUACUUCAUGCGCUGCCCUGGCAGAGGCCACGGGAGGGAGUCCCGGAGGAACAGCACGCUCUGGAGCAUCCUCAACGCCUGCAGUGGGCGUCCUUUCCCGGCCUUCUCCUCUGACGAUCCUGGGAGAAUCUAUGCCUUUCGCGGCGGCCAUUACUUCCGGGUGGACUCUGUGCGAGAUGGGCUGCACGCUUGGCUUCUGAACCACACCUGGUCAGGGCUGGAGGGGGAGGUGGACGCCGCCUUCAGCUGGGCAGACAAGCUCUACUUCAUCCAGGGCUCCCAGGUUCUCAUCUAUAGAGCUGAGCACGGCUACAGCCGGGUGGAGGGCUAUCCCCGGCCCCUGGUGGAGGAGCUGGGCGUGUCCCAAGCAGAUGCUGCCUUCACUUGCCCUCACUCCUCGGAGCUCUUCGUCAUCCAAGGAAAUCGCCUCCAGCCGAUUGACCUGCUGCAGAGUCCUCGUCGCCCAGGGCCAUCCCGCCUCCUCCCCCACCCACGCGUGGACAGCGCCAUCUGCACCACCAAGGGCGUCUUCCUGUUCGUGGGGGCUGACUUCCACCAGUAUCCGGACGUGGCUCAGCUGGCGACUGCUACCAUCCCGGCGCCGGCCCAGAACACGGCGGCCGUCUUUUUCCGCUGCUCUCCCUCCGGAGCUGCCCCGCAUCCUCCCCGGGGAGGGCAACGCCCCGGAGACCAGCCUCAAUAAACCUCUUGUCUCAGCCGUG